CAAACUGAUGGUGGAAGGCGACCACGAGUACGUCACGGGACAAUUGAGCGGUUGGUAUUUCAAGCCAGCAUGGAUUUGAAAUCGGUUGGAAGUCCAACUGAAAAUUAAAGAAAAUAAAUCAACCAUUGGAACAUUUGAAUUAAUUCCACGUGACUAUUGCUUAAUGGACGAUCGCUAAUAAGUUACAAUUAGUUAUAAACGAUCAAAUUGUAAAGAUGAUUGUUAAAUAGUAGAAGGCUAUCUGCCAACUUUUAUUAAUUAUCGUUGAUUCUCAACAGAUUAAACAAAUAAAGUAUAGUGGAAGAAAUGCUAUAGCCAUCAUGUUUCCUGCAAAUCACAAGACAGUUUUUGUGCUGGACCAUACCCCUUAUUUUGGGAUUUCAACAGAGAGCCCUUUAGAUUUGGAUUGUCUAAAAGCAAGAGGUCAACAAAAUCUUAUUCCUCUACCUCCGAUAUGCAAAUCUCUCUGGACUGCAAGCAUAGAAACAUCAAUGGAGUAUUGUAGAAUCGUCUGGGAUUUAUUUCCCACUGGCAAGCUGGUACGAUUUGUAGUCAGUGAUCACUCGGCUCACAUCCUGAAUACUUGGAGUCCUACUCAACAGAAUUUAACUCAUAUUAUGAAUGGUAUGGCAAUCAUAGGGGUGCCUCCAAGAACUCACCAACCUGGAACUGAAUUUACAGUAAUUCAUGGGUUAAGAGUGGCAAUUGAAGCUCUGUCGGAAUGCUCAGAGAAUCAACAAGAGAAAAGAGCAAUAGGUCCAGAGUCUGUUAACAAAUUGAUUAAUAGAGGCAGAGUUAUUUGCAUCACCAGUGCUAGAGAUAACAUGAAUAUGAAAAGUUUAGAAAAUAUAUUUUUAAGCCAACUAACCAAGCAAAAUAAAAUUGCAACAGGAUCUGAUAAUUUUGUCCCAAUAGAUCACUGUCAUCUUGUAAUAUUAAAUGUUUUUCCGGAUACGGUUGAAUCCCAAGUGACAAGUCAAAGUUUAAGAGAUGUUUCUCCUCUUUUGUCUAUGGAAGUACAUUCUUUAAAAGCACCAGCAUUACACUCUAAACUUUCUCACUUAAUACUUUCACAUUAUGAUCUGGCAAGUACUACUGUCACGGGCAUCCCUAUGAAGGAAGAACAAAAUGCAAGUUCAUCUGCAAAUUAUGAUGUAGAAAUUUUUCAUUCAUCUGCAGCUCAUUUAGCAAUUUUGAAAGGUAACCCAUCAGAUAUGGCACUGGUGAAAACUUUCCGACGGUUUGACGAAGGCACAGAAUACGAGACGGUAACUCUUAAAUGGUGCACACCUCGCGGCUGCAGUGCUAGUGAGAUGCAGAAUUGCACAGCCAUGCACCGUAUCACACCUGUUGACGUAAAUAGUCGGCCUUCGUCGUGUCUUAUAAACUUCCUGUUGAAUGGACGAUCAGUGAUGUUGGAGAUGGCUAGGAAAAGUGGCGGCAAAGCGAUUUCGCAUUUAUUAGCUUCUCAUGGAGGAGAAAUUUUUAUUCAUACACUCUCAACAUCUAGAAGUGUUCUCGAAGAUCCGCCGUCGAUAAGUGAGGGUUGUGGAGGACGUGUCACAGAUUACCGAAUCACUGAUUUUGGGGCGCUAAUGCGAGCCAAUGUGCUAUUGCCAAUAAAACGCGACCCAGGAGAGUUAGCAGAUGGACCUGCAGAAAAAAUGAGAUCACGUCUGGAAAGAUUUACGAAAUAUUGGCCCAUCACAAUCUCAAACACUCUUAUAUUCAACGCUAAACAAGUAUUGGAACCACUCCCGGACUUGAUGAUCAAAGAAUCGUUGACUAAAGACGAAGUAGUGCAAUGUAAACAGGUGCUCUUCAAUGUAUUACAAAUGGAAACGAAACACGAAUCUUUACCUGUGCCAAGUCUGAGUGGUGGUAGAGGUGGUAAAAGUGGAGUUAGAAGAGAAGAACAGUACAGAUUGCUCUGGGGUGAACUCGAAACUUUUCUCAAGUUCCACUCUAACCACUCUACGGGACAUGCCGAAGUGCUUACUUGUUUGCUGGAGAUUAGAAAUAAAGAAGACAAAGAUAAUAAUAAAGUCGAGCUUGAUCAAGCACUUAGGGAACUUGAUGGUUUAGGCAAAGAUGAAGGUACAACACGGGCAACGGUUAUACGAGCCACAACUGACUCGCCCAUGUCUCCGCCGCCUUGUGGUUCUAGCAUGAGUUUAGCCAAGCAAAUCGCCCAAAAAGCCACCACCACUACUCUGUACGCACCCAAGAGUCUAUUAGAUAUCUGGGUCCAACGAAGUACUCCCAGGGAUCGACGGCCCGAUUUCCACGGCCGUAUAAACAGCGACGGGCCAAGAGCAAAGCUCUAUCCCAAUCUGAAGGAAAACGCUCAGCCAGGUCGUGGUGAACCCGUCAUUGAAGCUUAACACCUACAGCUUAUUUGUAUCUUGAACCUAUCGUAUAUCAAGGUAACGAAUGUACAUACCACUUUUGCUAAUAAUAGAUAUUUAC